CGUACGCUGCUACUUUUAGAUUCGGAGCUUGGCUUGUGGACGAAGGACUGAUGGAGUUUCAGAAUGUUUAUAAGUGUUUGAUGGCUGUAAUAUUCGGAGCGUUUGCAGUCGGUCAAACAAGUUCGUUCGCACCAGACUUUGCUGCAGCGAGAAUCGCAGCUAACCGGUUGUUCAAGCUGCUUGACAGAGUUCCUGAGAUUGAUAGUUACAGUAAAGAAGGAAGAGUUCCAAAAACCUUGGACGGCAAUCUCGACUUCAAGUCCCUCAAGUUCCAUUACCCGACCCGACCAGAUGUGCAAGUUCUUAAAGGUUUGACAACCGCCAUUAGAAAAGGUCAAACUGUGGCAUUGGUUGGCCAAAGUGGCUGUGGAAAGUCAACUUGUAUUCAACUACUUGAACGUUUCUAUGACCCUGAUGAAGGAACUGUGAACAUGGACGACACAAACACAAAGGAACUUCAAAUAUCUUGGUUGCGAUCACAAAUGGGAAUCGUGUCUCAAGAACCCGUUUUAUUCGACCGUUCGAUUGCUGACAAUAUACGUUAUGGUGAUAAUUCUAGGGAGGCCUCGAUGGAGGAAAUUAUCACGGCUGCAAAGAACGCAAACAUUCAUAACUUUAUUGAUGGCUUGCCUGAUAAAUACGAAACAAAUGUUGGGGGGAAAGGGACCCAGUUAUCUGGAGGGCAGAAGCAGAGGGUUGCCAUCGCUCGCGCUCUACUUAGGAAUCCUAAAGUUCUUCUUCUCGAUGAAGCAACGUCUGCUCUCGAUGCUGAGAGCGAAAAGAUCGUCCAAGACGCCUUGGAUGCGGCGAGAGCCGGCAGAACCUGCAUUGUCAUCGCCCAUCGUUUGUCGACGGUUAAAAAUGCUGACGUCAUCGCUGUUAUUGAGAAUGGUUGUGUGGUUGAAAGUGGAACUCACAGCGAGCUAUUGGCUCUCAACGGAUCUUACUUCAGUCUUGUUAAUGCUCAAUUGCAUUCAAGUGAUCAAUGAAAACAUAGAUAUGAGUUCUUAGAUAACAAUUGUUUAUCUCUUCGAAUACAUUAGUGAAGAUAAAAUUAUUUAAAACAAUGAAGAGAAGAAAUUUGUAGCAAAACAACAGUCGGUAUAAGGAAUCUAUACUCUGACAACCGUACUGAAGAUAAAAUAUAUGUAAUUUUAAAGUUGCCAGCAACACAUUUCCAUUAUAGCCCUUUAACCCUUAACUGUAAACUCCUUUUACUUUGACAACUUAAAUUACUCAGCUUUAAAUAUCCAUUUGAAAUAUCUAGACACAUAUUUGCAGUUUGCUGAUAGUGGUUGAAUAGCUCAUAUGUAUCCACCACUUUAUCUUAUUUUGUUUGAAUGUUUGUUUUACUAAUUUUAACUCAGACUUUGAACUCAAUAACUAAUAAAGAUUGUUUUAGAUUUCAAUCACAGACAAAUAUUUGGUGGUAAAGAAAGAAUAUUUACAUAAUUAUAUAACCGGAUCCUUAUGACUCUAAAGAAGCGUUGUUAAUUGUUAAAACACAGGCAAACAUGGGAUAUUAUGUGCUAACGGUGUCCCAUCCUUCCCCACAUUAUUAUCACGCACAACUCUUUUCUCACGGUAAUCUAUAACUUAAUAUUAUGUUUCCUGUAUUGUUGAAUCAAUGCAACUUGUUUACUUUCGUGUGGCGGGGCAACGACAGUCGUUAUAACACAGGUGUACUGUUUCAUACACCUCGUGCCCGCUUAUGAGUUACCAUGUAUGUAACUUUGUGAACGAUUGUUUCUUACAGGUUCAUUUUUACCACAUGUAACGUUCCUGGGACUUUAUGUUAUAAAUAAAUCGCAUUAGUGCCAGUAGGUUACCGAAAUUGAAAUGCAAUUGAAUGUUUUUUCGUUUAAACACCUAAUUCCUCAUCUUAGCUCUUCCGUGCUUUAUGUGUUUGUAUUAAAAUUGUACUUGAAACAUA